UCACCGCAGAGUUAUGAAGCGAGGCCAGGGAAUCCCGAGUGUGUAAUUACUGGACCGUCCGCAGCAUGCAGAAGGUAAGCCUACAUUCGCAGAUCAAGGAGGUGUCACAGAGAGACGCAAGUUGGUGGUGUGCACGUGUGUUACUCUACUUCGGAAAGAUCGCGGAUCUUCAAUCAGUAUUUGUUGGCAGUUUAGAGAACACUCGGUUGUUUAUUUGCACCUCGCCCGCUUCCGCCGCCCUCUUGAACAUUCCGGCAGGAUUUGGCAAACCACUAACACCUUUUCCGUGGAAUCUUCUUCUAGUUGGUGUGUCAAGAAAUAUGUCCAGCUUUGAUUGUCAACUGGAGCUGUAGCCUACUCGUGAAUGAGUUUAUUGUUUUAGUGAAGUAGAGUAUACCAGAAUUUGUUUUAGUAAACCCAGAAAUUUGGUAUAGCGGAAGAGCGAACUGAAAGUUCUGGGACUUUUGAAAAACUUUCUCUUCAAGUUGACAGGUUCCUGUACCAUUCAUUAUGUCAUCGAAACAAGUUUCCCGUAUAUUUGCGUCGGCAUCACGACUUCGGUCGUCCCGACAAUCAGCAAGCACACUUGCCGUGCCCAGGCAGCGUCCAUCCCCACCACCACCAGAGCCCCACGGCAGUGAGCAGACCCACUCCUCGGACAUUAACACCGUGCAACAGAUGCAUGAAGUUAUUGUAUCGGGCGCUGCUGCAACUACAGCCACUGAUGCGACCGGAACCACUGCCCCCACCGUAAAUCAAAGGGCCGAGUCGUGGGGUGUCUGCCCCGUUAGGCACGGUACCUCAACCGAGGAGAGUCACACUCCGAAGCAGCAAGAUGUCGAUCUAAAGGUGCGGUCAUUUGAUGAGAUUCCUGGGCCCAAGGGCUGGCCUUUCAUCGGUACGCUUGGCACAUACUUGGUUGGAAAUGGCCUCAGUCGCAUUUACGAACAUCAGAUAGCGUUCACCAAGCAAUAUGGCCCAAUAUGGAAAGAGCGUCUGGGGUCAUUGGAGUUCGUUAACCUCGCUGACCCCGAGCUGGUUGCACUGAUGUAUCGCCAUGACAACAAGUAUCCAAUGAGGGUCGACAUGAAACCAUGGAAAGCGUACAGAAUGCAUCGCAACGAGUCUCUGGGUGUGCUGACACAUGAAGGGCAACAGUGGCACAGAGCACGACGUCUACUUAGCAAGAAAAUACUCCCGCCCCAAAAAGUUGGCGCUUACGUCGGGGUCAUCAAUGAAGUUAUUGGGGACAUGGUCGAAAGGUUACGCUACGUCCGGGAUGUCACUAAUAACCAGGAAGGUCUGGUACCUGAACUCACCAAUGAGAUGUACAAGUGGUCAAUGGAAUCAAUUUUUAAGAUCCUGUUUGAGACGAGAAUUGGUUGUCUUGACAAGCAGAUUCCUGCCGAAUCUCAGCGCUUCAUCGAUUCCAUCCAUCAGAUGUUCCAGUCGGGCCAGAUUCUCUUUGUGACGUCUCCGGAGUUCUUCAGGAAGUAUAAUCUCAAGCCAUGGAAGGAUCAUGAGGCAGCUUGGGACUACAUCUUUAGUUUUGCCAGGAAAGCGGUUGAUGGGCGAUUGGCUGAGAUCUCCGCGCAAUCAGAAAGUGAAGGAGAGCAUGAUUCCGAUGGAUUCUUAACGUAUUUACUCUCGAGCAAACAACUCACUAUGAAGGAGAUUUACAGCAAUGCAUGUGAGCUUCUACUAGCUGGGGUGGACACAACAUCCAACACACUGGCCUGGGUACUGUAUGAACUUUCCAGACAUCCAGAUGUAGAGAGUCGAUUACAUGACGAGGUAUGUGAAGUUUUGGGAACUGACAAGAUGAGGGCAGCAGACACUGAAGACUUGGCCAGGAUGCCCUACCUCAAGAGCAUUAUCAAGGAAAUACUGAGGUUAUAUCCAGUUGUUCCGGCCAACAACCGUAUAUUGGAAAAGGACAUUGUCAUUGGAGGAUAUCAUAUCCCUAAAAAGACAAUCAUCGGUUCCUUACAGUAUGUCAUAGGCAGGGAUCCAAACAUAUUUGAUGAGCCUAACACUUUCAAGCCAGACCGUUGGUUGAGGGAUAAGUCGGGUCGGCUGAACUGCUCAAGCUCCAGCUUUGCCUCUGUUCCCUUCGGGUUUGGACCUCGGAUGUGCAUCGGGAGAAGGAUUGCAGAACUGGAGCUCAAUUUAGCUUUGGCAAAGAUAUCACAGACGUUCAAAUUGCAGUAUCUAGGUGAAGGCACAGUGGCUCCUACAGUACAAGGAUUGCUUGUUCCAGGAGGACCAGUGAAGGUUGGAUUCACAGACAGAUGAUGCAGAAGGGCACCAGUGAAGGUAUCUUUAUUUGAUGAGACUGCAUGCUCAUGUUGGUGACACAAAACUGACGUUCGGCGUUUUGGAAUAAUAGAACAUCUGCAGCAGAGAUUUUAUAUUCUGAUGAGAUUGGAUAUAUAUGUAGAUAUUUGAAAUAAAAAUUGAGUAUUAAUACAAAAUCAUAAUGGUGUAUCAUCAGACUUCAAAGCAACAGUUGGCAGGAUUUACACAAAAUUCAAAAAAGUUUUGUUUCUAUUUUUAUUUAUAGUCGUGCUGGAACUAAUGAAAUCUAAAUUAUUUAUACAAAAAUGUUUUUGUUUUAAAUGUACAAAUUCCCUUUAAAAUUCUUUGUUAGUUGGAAGCAUUAUCAAGUUUCGUGAAAUGCUCUCAUCAGGCAAUGAUGUGAGCACAUCUUAUUAGCUUAUAUUUUCAUGGUUCAAAACAUUCUUUGGAAACGUGGGAACUGCACCAUAUAAAGGGAAAGUUUAUCAUUGUUUUGUUGGAAGAGUAAAUUAAUUCCCACACUCUAGUUUUUGUAAUAAAAAACUCACCAUACAAACAUUCUGUGGAAAUGUCAUUUUGGUGGUCACUAAGUUUGAGGGAGAGAAAAAGCCUAGCUCAAUGGGCCAGCUUGGUUGUCUUGUGAAGAUAUCUUCCCUAGCAAUGCAAAGGUUGUGUGUUCGAAUCUCACCAGAUUUAUUUGCCUGUGGUUUUUUUUUUCACACAGAACUCUUGAAAGAAGCGAGUAUACAGUGUAUGGGUGCAAUUAUUGAAAAGGGUUUGUUUUAGCAAUUUUGUGCACAUUAUUUUUGACUAUUUAAUACACAAUGAUCAUUUUUAGGGUCGUCAAAAUGUCGUUUCCCAACUUUACAGUAUUUCAGAUGCACUUUUGAUCAUCAGUGAGCUUUCAGAUUCAGUAAUAUACCAAUCAUGGCCUUGUCUUCAACAAUGCAACAUUCAUCCAUUGGCAGUAUGUUGACUAUAGCCUUAAAGGCAGUGGACAUUAUUGGUAAUUGUCAAAGACUAGUAUUUCACACUUGGUGUAUCUCAA